AUGCAUUAUGUAAUGUUGGCUCUGCCCCUGCAGGAGGUUUACCACGAGAGCCACAUUCAGAAGUUCUACGAAAGCCACAAGGAUGAGUUUCCGAGCUUCAAAGUGGUGGGUCCUGAGGAGGCGCUGAGCCAGGGCGAGGCCAGAGAUAUGGGCAUGGACCUCUGCCGGCAGGAUGACACCUGUGACUACUACUUCAGCCUGGAUGCCGAUGUAGUGCUGACGAACCCUGACACCCUGUACAUCCUCGUGCAGGAGAAUCGGAAAAUCAUUGCUCCCAUGGUGUCUCGCAGUGGGAAACUCUGGUCCAACUUCUGGGGGGCACUCAGCCCUGAGGGGUACUACGCCCGCUCUGAGGACUACGUGGAUAUUGUGCAGAGCAAGAGGAUUGGGGUGUGGAACGUCCCGUACAUCGUCCAUUCCUACCUCAUUAAGGGAGAGACUCUUCGUCAGGAGUUAUCACACAGGAAUGUCUUCACUUUGUCAGGUGUGGACCCCGACAUGUCCUUCUGCAAGAGUGUGAGGGACAAGGGCGUUUUCCUGCACAUCAGUAACAGGGAUGAGUUUGGCCGCCUGAUCUCCACAUCCAAGUACAACACCUCUCAUCUACACAAUGACUUGUGGCAGAUCUUCGAAAACCCUGUGGACUGGAAGGAAAAGUACAUUCAUGAGAAUUACUCCCGGAUCUUCGAGGAGGAUUAUUAUGAGCAGCCCUGCUCUGAUGUCUACUGGUUCCCCAUCUUCACGGACAUCAUGUGCGACGAGUUUGUGGAGGAGAUGGAAAACUUCGGCCAGUGGUCAGGGGGCAAGAAUGAUGACAAGCGUCUGGCGGGUGGAUACGAGAAUGUGCCGACUGUGGACAUCCACAUGACGCAGGCCGGGUACCAGGAACAGUGGCUGAAGUUCCUCCAGGAAUACAUCGCCCCCGUCACCGAGAAGCUGUUCCCUGGAUAUUACACGAAGGCCAAAGCUCUCCUGAAUUUUAUAGUGCGGUAUCGGCCCGAUGAACAGCCCUCCCUGCGCCCGCACCACGACUCCUCCACCUUCACCAUUAACAUCGCCCUCAACAGGAAAGAUAUCGACUAUGAGGGCGGUGGCUGCAGAUUCAUCCGCUACAACUGCCACGUAGAGUCUCCACGUAAAGGAUGGUCCUUGAUGCACCCAGGCCGACUGACGCAUUUCCACGAGGGACUGCCCACCACCUGGGGCACACGCUACAUCAUGGUGUCAUUUGUUGACCCUUGACCCAAGGACUAUUCCCUGCCCAUCUAGAAGGAUGCUGCCUGACGCCCAACAUGGUGCUUCUGGCCUCACUGUCUCAUACACACAAGUGGAGUCAGCAGAUGAGUCUAGUCAGUCCCCAGCGUUUGCGGCCAUCAUCAUGGAAGCUCCCAUUCCCUAUGGAGACGCCGUUGAUCUUCACACCAAGCUUCCUUCAUGUUGCAAAACCCUGGAGGUGGAAACCACGACUUAUCCUGAGGCGGAUGUCGCAGGUCAGGGCGCCAGGACUGAUGACUGUUUAUAAAGAGCAUUCGUUGCUUUUGUACAAAACGCUUUAAAUUAUUUGCUGCUGAAUUUUUUUUUUAAAAGAAAUAUUUUUGAUGUGAACAAAGCUGAACGUGUAGAAAAAAUAUUUCUGUACCAGAAAAUAUUAAAGGGGUUUUGCAUUUUG